GCCAACUUUCCAACGAGUGGCCGGUGUGUUGAGUUUUGAAAACCCUCGCAAGCCGGAGGCCUGCCGCACCUCGUGGAACCGGCCGACAUUUUUACACGCGCAGCUCGAGCGGCAGUGCUAUGAACGAGUGGAAACCCCCGAUCCUUAUGUCGUGCUUCGUGCUUGAGUGGGCCAUCACGCUACUGUUCGGAGUGACGGUGCAACCACUGGCAGCUACCAACAGCGGCGCUUCGCAGAGGCCACAUAUUAUCUACAUAAUGGGUGACGACGUGGGCUGGGAUGACGUCAGCUUCCACGGGUCCAGACAGAUCCCGACGCCCAACUUGGACGCCUUGGCGUGGGAUGGAGUCUUGCUCAACGGCUACUACGCGCAGCCGAUGUGCUCCCCUUCCCGGGCUGCUUUGCUCACGGGGCUCUACCCCAUACGUUACGGCUUGCAAGGCAGCGCGUACAUGCCCCCUGAAGAGGGGCUUCCGUUACAGCUGCCCAUGCUUUCAGAGCACCUGAAGAAUUUGGGCUACAGAAAUCACAUGGUCGGCAAGUGGCACCUCGGCCAUUCGUCCUGGAACCACACUCCAACGAUGCGGGGAUUCGACAGUUUUCUCGGCUACGUGACAGGAACGCAGGACUACUACACCCAUGUAUUCGAGUUGCUAGGAAUGUGUGGAUUUGACUUUUGGUUCAACCGUCAACUUCUAUGGAACGCAAGUGGCACCUACACGACGCACCUGCUCACGCAGCGAGCUGUCAGCGUCAUCAAACAGCACGAUGUAUCGAAGCCUCUGUUCCUGUACAUAGCGCACCAGGCGGCACAUGGCAUCAACAUUAAAGGCCACCUUCAGGCGCCGAUGAAGAAUAUCAAGAAGUUCUCGCACAUAAAAAACGAGGAGCGGAGACUCUUAGCAGCCGUGGUGGACACCUUGGACGAGAGCGUGGGCACCGUGGUCGAAGCGUUGCACGCCAAGGGCAUGCUGGCCAACGCCAUCCUCAUCUACACGAGCGACAAUGGCGCGAUGUACCAGGGAGUCAUGAGCAACCGGGGCUCCAACUGGCCCCUGCGCGGCACCAAGUUCACCACGUGGGAAGGAGGCGUCCACCUGCCGGCGUUCGUGUGGUCUCCGCUACUUCGUCGCACACGGCGCGUCUCCUGGGAGCUGAUGCACGUCGUAGACUGGGCGCCCACUCUGUACCACGCUGCCGGCGGCGACGUUAAAGACCUGGGCGUUAUCGAUGGCCUAGACCAGUGGGAGGCUCUCUCGCUAGGCAACCCAUCGCCGCGCCAAGAGCUGCUCAUCAACCACGACCCGACCAAAAGAGUCGGCACCGCACUGAGGGUGGGCAAGUACAAGCUGGUCGUCGGCACGCUCCACAAUGGCACCUUGGACGCACACGUAAACACUCGCAGUGACCAGGACACACCCACCAACACGGACCUGGACGAGGUCAUGGAGAACUCGGCAGUGGGCAGGACGCUCAGAAAGUACUACCGCGUGAGUCAACUGCCGAUACAGCAAGGCUGGAGAAAAGAAGCAGUCAUCGACUGUGGAAAAGAUUCCACCACCAACUUCAAGUCAUUCCGAGAGUCCUACCUUUUUGACAUCGCCAACGACCCGUGCGAAUUGAGGGACAUCUCACAAGAAGAGCCUAAAAUUCUGCAGCACAUGAUGGAGAGGUUACGACACUACGAGUCAGUUGCCGGGCCGCCAAAGGAAGACCUGCUCGAUUACAGAGGCUUUCCGGAACGCAACAAUUGCACCUGGUCUCCCUGGGUCGGCAAGAGGAGCAGCCCGCUAACCCGGUGCAGUCACGAGUCCAUCGCCUCACUCGCCAGGGCGAUGUUAGAGCGUCCCUAAGUUGCUCCAAGUGACGUGAAGCAACGUCUUGUAAACUUAGCAACAAACUUUCUAAAUAAAGUAAGUUUUCUUUCAUGUUAAA